AUGGCCAUCGAGAAGGAGCCCGGUCAGAAAGGCAUCAACUGGUCCAACAUCGCCGUCGGCGGCAUAAUGAACAUGGUCACGACACUAGGACAGCCUCUAGAGGUCCUCAAGACCCAGAUGGCUGCCGUGCGAUCGCAAUCUAUGUUCCAGGCGGUCCAGACGAUCUGGGGUCGCGGUGGUGCCUUGGGUUUCUACCAGGGUCUCAUUCCAUGGGCAUGGAUUGAGGCAUCGACAAAGGGCGCAGUCUUGCUGUUCACCGCGUCGGAGGUAGAGAGCGCGACGGUCAACAUGGGACUCAGCCCGGCUGCAGCUGGUCUCAUUGGCGGUAUGACCGGUGGUGUUGCCCAGGCAUAUGCUACUAUGGGUUUCUGCACAUGUAUGAAGACGGCAGAGAUCACGCGGCAUAAGCAGGCAGUAUCAGGCGUGAACCCCCCAUCGACCUGGGCGGUGUUCAUGGACAUCUACCGUCGGGAGGGUAUCAAGGGUAUCAACAAGGGCGUCAACGCCGUCGCCGUACGACAAAUGACCAACUGGGGUUCUCGCAUGGGAUUCGCGCGUUUAGCCGAGACCACCAUCCGGAAAGUCAAGGGCAAGACUGAGACUGAGAAGCUCAGUGCACUGGAGAAGAUAUUCUCAUCCACAGUCGGCGGUGCCCUCGCGACCUGGAACCAGCCAAUUGAGGUCGUCCGAGUAGAGAUGCAAUCCAUGGCGAAGUCGGCGAACCCUAACCGUCCGGAGAAGGUCACGAUCCUCAACACACUGAAGUAUGUCUACCAAGAGAACGGCAUCAAAGGUCUCUACCGCGGCGUUACCCCCCGUAUAGGUCUCGGCAUCUGGCAAACCAUCUGCAUGGUGUCCUUUGCGGACUACGUGAAGGUCUGGUACGUACUGGCAUGA